GCAAACAUCUGGAUCGCCGCCUCCGACGGCGACAUAGUGAGCGUAGGUCAAUUCAUCGCGGCGGACCCCACGAUCGUUAACCGCAAAGACGAGAACGGCUACACGCCCCUCCACGCCGCCGCGUCCUACAACCACGUAUCCCUCCUGCGGUCACUGGUGCGCAGCCACGGCGGGAACGUGAACCUUUCUGACGACGACGGGGACACGCCGCUGUUCGUCGCCGAGACUGUCGAGACCGCGCGGUGCCUCGUCGAAGAGCUCGGCGCUGAUGUCGCGCAUAGGAAUCAUGCGGGUUUGACUGCGGCGGAAUCGAUAGAAGACGAUGGCCAGCUGCCGCUGGUGGCAGCGUACCUGCGG